CAUUAUAAUUUCAGGUUGUAAACCCCCAAUUUUCCCCUCCCAUGCUCUAAUAAUUUCAGGAAAAAGUCUCACGCUGCCAUCUAGUUCUGUGAAUUCAUCUCAAUACAUUUUCUGUGACCUUUGUGUGUAAAGAAAUGGCCUUUUUACUCAAUAAAACUGCUCUAUCCGCUCUCAGGCUCCGUUCCCAGAAGGCUGACGAUUCGUUAAUGCUAUCAAGGCGUGGAUUUCAUGUCGAGCCUGGCGCUCGGGAGAAGGCUCUCUUGGCGGAGGAUCCAUCUCUAAAACGCUUCAAAUCACAUAAGAAAAGUCUGAGGAGUCUCAAAAUGGUGGGAGAUGUUCUUACCAUUGUGGUGGUAGCUGGAUGCUGCUACGAGAUCUACGUUAGAGCAGUCAUGCGAGAAGAAGCCCGGAAAGAAAAAUCGAGUGCAUAGGGGUAGAAGCUAUCCACAUGAAUGCAGGAUUGAGGGCAGGAAAACACUUGAAAUUUCUGGUGCAGCAGAACUAUGUUUGAACUGACUUGGUCAUGUGUUGGAAUAAAGUAAUCCAAUAUACUUCACAUAUUUCAAAUGUCAAAAAUCCCUGGACAUCCCUGUGGAAUGUAUCAUGCACUAGUUUCUUGAUUUUACUUAAUUUUAUUAGAUUGAAGUGCCAAAAUUUGUUUAUGGGCUCUUCAGAUUGUGAAUCUCUGAUGCUUCAUUUUUGGCAGAAAGUGUGUUUUGGUUCAA